UCCACCCACAACGCAGAGGAGCGCCGUGCCGGGGCAGGGAGCAGGGAGCCCGCCGUCACCGACAGACCCCGCCUGCAGCACAGCUUCAGCUUCGCCGGCUUCCCCAGCACUGCUGCCAGCGGGCUGCUGGACAGCCCCACUUCCAUCACCCCACCGCCCAUGCUGAGCGCUGACGACCUGCUGGGCUCCCCCACCUUGCCUGACUGCGCCAGCAACCCCUUUACCUUCUCCAGCCAGGAGCUGGUCAGUCUCUUCGCCCCCAGCAUGGGGAUGCAGGUGCCCAGCGGGAGCUCCCCCACCACCUUCUUGUUCAGGCCCAUGUCCGAGUCCCCCAACAUGUUUGACUCGCCACCCAGUCCUCAGGACUCCCUCUCUGACCAGGAGGGCUAUCUGAGCAGCUCCAGCAGCAGCCACAGCGGCUCAGAUUCCCCUAUCCUGGACACCUCAAGACGUCUUCCCAUCUUCAGCAGACUCUCCAUCUCCGACGACUAGUCUGGGGUUUCCUCUUGCUCCACCCCACCUCUAUUACGAUGUUAAGCUGAACUCCCCCCACCCUGUCCCCAGUAGUCUGAGCUGGAUGUUAACAUGUCCACCUGCUUGCCGUAGACCCACUGGCUUAAACCUUAAGUGCCAAAUUACGAUGAAAAGCAAUAACGUUUACAAAAUUAGUGCCUUUUAACACUUUCACUGUGACUGUAUUACCUCUCCAGCUGCAGAGGGCACCAGCAGCUCUGUGCACUUCCAGAUGUGCAGGAAAUGUCCGGAUCCAGCUCCCUCCACUGGCCAUGUACUGCAUCGCCCUCUCCCAGUCCCUUCCUGACUGGCCAGUUUCAGCUAGGCUGCAGGCAUGUGGGCAAGCGUUAACAUCCAGUCCUCUUUCUCCCCUCCCCUUAAAGACUAAUCUUGCCUGGAUCUGCUCAGGUCUGCGGGAAGAAAAGCUGAGGACGGACAAAGAUUGUAACAUGAGUGGGACUUCGACUGGGAGGAAGAAAACAAAAGAGAAAACAAAAACCAGAUGGACUAUGAGAGACUUGAUUUUGGUGCUAAAAGUUCCCCGUGUAUUCA